AUGGUGUCCACUCGGCGAGGCACUGCAAACGCAGAGCCGGCCACGGCUGGUAUUGGACGGCCCAGACCACUCCGACAGGCGAGCGACACCAUACAUAUCAUCGUUCCUAGCGUCAAGAAGGUCGUGAAAGCUCCGGACGAUCGAAGAGUGCCAGACACUCCUCCCAGAAUGGCGCUCUCCGGCAACAUUAGUGAGCAUGAUCUCAGUCUCACAUCCCCAAGUACCGGCGAAUCUCCAGUGGUACUCACCAUCACGACGCCGAAGAAACGACAAGGCUCAACUGAUCCCACCGAUCGAACAGUCUCCUCCGCCCUGCGAAGGCUCGCACCUAAGCCUUUCGCAAACAUGAGCGGCAGCAGCCACAACCCCAUCAUCGUCAACGAGGAUCCAUCACCUCCACGGCGAGCAACGCGAGCCCCAAAGCGCAGACAGAAACACAAAAAGCUGUCGGAACCGCAUCAGUUCAUCGGCAACGGAUAUAGGGAACUGUACAGCUACGGUGUCUCCAGACCGGCAUUGGCAGCCUUGCCUGCAAACGGCAGCACAUUCACCGGGCACCAGAGUCACGAUAUCUAUCGAAUGAUGAGCGCGAAGAUCACCGCCGCGCCUGAUGUCAGUCCGAAUGCAGCGUGGGGCCGACACACGCUCAACGUACCUUUCGAAGUACAAUACCCACUCUCCGCGCCGGUUCUUGCGCAACACGCGCCACAAUAUCAAGCAUCAUAUCCGCAACACUAUCAUGUCCAAGUUGCUUCUAACACAUACGUCUUGCCAAUGGUUCCCUCUCAGAACGAGAACUCGCUCCGUAGGAGAGCUGUUCAUCACAUCCAAGAGUACUCACGACCUUCGCCACAGAAGAGGAAGCUCACCGAUGCUGACAUUCCUGAGGAUAGCGACGAUGAAGCCGGAAAACACCAGUGGCAUGCUCGACCUCAAUCGAGCCGUCCAACUACUCGUUCAAAUGGCACGCCUGUGUCCAGGGUACCCAACGUUGACCAACAUAUAAAUCACAGGCCAACGGUACAUCGCGACCCAGAUCCCAACCUCCUCGUCGGUCACCUCAUCGAGCACACCUCACUCAUCACAUCCUUGCUACAAGUCUAUCCUCAUUCUACAGACAAGAAGGGUCUACAGAAUGAGAUAUCGAUGAUGGUACAAAUCCAGAACCAAUAUAUGGGUGCUUGGAUGGAGACUGAAUCACAGAGCUCGCGCAAGAGAACAAGGCACAACGGUGAUGGUGCUGUCAGUCUGGCGAACCACCAACAGCCUAUCAUCACUCCCGCGAUGAAGAUUCAGAAUGAGAAGGACCAUACAGUGCGUCAGGCUCUUUCUGCUGAUGCCGACAUGUGGCAAGAUGGUACAGGGCAUGGCGUUGCGGACGCUUUCGCGGUCGCACCUCAAUCGUCGCCGGUGGCGAGUACCUGUAAUGGAAGGGUAGCUGAUCCCGCGAGUAUACUUCCGAGUGCAACGACGUCUCGUCAUCCCAUCCAGGGAAAAGCGGGCGCAGACAACGCUGUCGUCAAAACCCCACCACAGUCGAUCUCGAACCCGGGAGCAACGUCAACGAGACACAAGGGUAUUCUCAUCACACCUAUCCAACGCGGAGCACCACAGACACUCGAACAAUUGUCAAAGGCGGCCCAGGAUAGCCCCAAGAGUGUGAUCUACAUGAGUCACCCGUAUACUCCUUCCAAAGACCUGAGAACUCCCACCAACCUACCUCCCCGCUCCACCAGCUCUCCAGUCACACCAACUACCAAGAAUGACGCUUCGUCUCAACACCGAAAUGGCGAGCCUUCUUCUUCCCGCAGCAAGCGCGGCGCUCCUAUACGACCUAUCCUCAGCUCAGAGCACGGCAAACUCCAAGUCCCCGGUAAUGGCGAUGCUUCAAGCAGCUUCCACAGUGAAAGCUCGAGCGACUUUUGUGCCCGAAGGCCGGUGUUUCGUUUCGAACCACGCGUUACUGGUGAAGGCGGGGAAGCUGAAGCGAAUGAUGAUGCGACACCGACUGUGGACGAGUGA